GCGUUACACCACUUUCAGUGACCUUGAAGUUUUAGGAUGGCUUAUUCUCGUCGACUCCUGCUAUUCGAUGAAAGAGAAAUCAGCCUAUUGGAUGGCGAAAAUCAGUCAUCUAAACUGCAGGCUAUUGAUACUAACUGCUCAACGUAUGGUCGUGGUUAUUUGUGGUUCGGUGAUUCAUAUGGCGUUGUACAUCGUGUAGAUAGAAAUCUACAGUUGACUUCAUUCCAAGCCCACGAAAAUUGUGUACACCUUAUUCACCAGAUGAAAGAACACGAAAUAUUACUAACUAUUGGGGGAGAUAAUACGAAGGAAGUGAAUCUUAAAGUUUGGAAUCUUACAAAGUGGACAAACAAAAUGACUCCAUUUUGUACUCGGAUUACAUCAGUCGCGCCUCCUGGAUUACCAUUUAGCCUUGUUACGUGUUUGGCCGUAGAUGAAGGUCUUCAUUACUUGGUAUUAGGUCACGCGAGUGGUUUGAUCCAGUUAUUCAAAGGAGAUAUAACUCGUGAAAGACAAUGCAAACGUUCCAUACUCUAUGAAUUCUUGUGCCCUGUUACUGGGUUAGGUUUGUAUAUUCCAGAUCAUUUAAGUCAUCGACAACAAUAUAAAAAGAACUAUUCAAAUAAUGCUGCAACUUCGGAUGCUAGUCAGUGUCAAGAUCCUAUAGUUUUUGCAGCCUCAGAGCAGAGUUUAAUGAGUUUUGUACUUGGUCAAAAAGAGAAGAUCAAGUGUAAGACUGUUCUUGAUCGUUUUGGAGCUCGACCGCAUUGUACAACCAUGUUGUUGACUGACGAUGUUACAGGAACAAGUCCUCAGUUUGCUGUCGCAUGUUCAGAUGCUGUCUACUUUUACAAUUGGGAUGGUAGAGGCCCGUGUUUAGCUGUGGACGGUGAGAAAAUCGCUUUAGAGACGUACAAAAAUUAUUUGAUUAUAUUAAAAAACACUGGCAAGUCCUUAGUGAAUUCUUACAAUCCACUGCUUAAUUUAACACACAAUAAUAAAGAAAUAGGCAAUUCAUCAUCAUCGUCAUCGAGUAUGGCAGCAACGUCAACGGGAGCAGCGCUUUCACCACCGCUACCGUCUUCUCAAUCCUUCAAUUAUAUCACAUCUGGUUCACUUAUUAUACAAGACUAUAAUAAUAAAUUUGUUGCUGGUGAAUUUCAUUUCACUUAUUUCAAGGCUUUAUUCAUUGAAUGGAAUGGUAUCUAUUUGUUAUGCGGCAAUGAAUUUUCUAAUCAAUUCGAUGAAACAUUAAACACUGGCGAUAGUGUUGCAUUGAAUACUAAAUUGAUUUGUUUAACCGAAAAGGAUACACAAACUAAGCUAGAUAUGCUGUUUUCAAAAAAGAAUUUUAAUUUAGCUAUAGAGAUAGCUAAAUCUCAACAUUUUGAUGACAGUGAACUUGCUCAUAUAUUUUGGCGUUAUGCUGAUCAUUUGUAUAGACAAAAAGAUUAUGAUGCAGCUAUACGGGAAUAUAUCAAAACUAUCGGUAAACUUGAAGCAUCAUUUGUUAUCCAAAGAUUUCUUGAAGGUAGUCAUAUAAUCCAAUUGACGAGUUAUUUGGAGGCUUUAAAAGAUCAAAAUCUGGCUACAAGUGAUCAUUUAAUUCUUCUACUUAACUGUUAUUGUCGUUUACAAGCUGAAGAUAAAAUAGAACAAUUUGUCAAAACGCCUAAUAGUACAGUAUUAGAUAUUACAUCCGCGCUACACGCUUUAAAACAGUCGAAGUAUAUAAAUGCUGCUGUCAAAUUGGCUGAAAACACUGGACGCUACAUAGACUGUAUUGGUCUUUUAAUUGAAGACUUACAUGAUGGCAAAUCAGCGCUUAAAAUGAUUGACAAACUUGAUUUUGAUGAGGCAUUACAAUCUAUCAGUGAAUACGGGCAUCAGUUGAUAACGCAUUGUCCUGUAGAAACAAUUCAACUAUUGGAUAAACUAUGUGCUCAUCCAGAUGCUAGUCGAAUUAAUGUACAGCAUUUUCUAAAAGUCUUUGUCAAUAAUCCCAAAGGUUUGAUGCAAUUUCUUGAUCGUUAUAUUAAUACUGCUGUAUCAUCUAAACUGGUCACAGGUGUCGUUGAUACAUUUCUGGAAUUAAUCCUAUAUGAAGCGAAUCGAUUAAAAGUUAAUAACUCCUCCAUUGAAGAAUCGAAUGAAUUGUUUAAAAUGGCAAUGAAAUUGUUAUCUAAUAAUGAGCUUAAUUACGAUGAAAAGAAGGCUUUGGUUCUUUGCCAUCAACGUGAAUUUUAUGAUGGUUGUAUUUAUUUAUGGGAGAAACAAAAGUUAUACGAUCAACUGAUUCUGCAUUACAUAGCAAGAAAUAUGAAUAAUGAAAUAUUGACUGUUUGUGAAAAAUAUGGCAAUCAAAUGCCUAAACUAUGGCUUACUGCUUUGGCUUAUUAUGCACAUAAACCGGAACAUUCAGAUAUUCUUAAACGAGUUAUAGAUCAAGUGGACAGUCUAAAUUUGGCAUCUCCUCUAGUUGUUUUACAAUUAUUGUGUGAUACUGAUGCUGAACACUGCUGUAAUGUUGGGACAGUAAGGGAAUACUUUCUUCGUCAUUUAGAAGCUGGCAGUAAUCAAAUAAAUACUAUGAAAAAUGAAGUUGAUCGUCUUCGGAAAGAAACUAUGCGUAAUCGUGAAGUUGUGCGUAAAUUAAACGAUCAGGUGAAAAUAUUUCAACAACAAAAGUGUGUAUUAUGCCAUCAAAGUCUUGAGCCUCCAUCAGUUCACUUUUUAUGCGAUCAUUCUUACCAUAAAGUAUGCUUUGAUAACUAUGCCUACGGUGACCAACAAUGCCCUCAGUGUGCACCUAGAAAUAAGAAGUUAUUAGCAGAAAUGAACAAUGCAUUGCCAAUAAAUAAGUCAUUCGCUAAUAAUGAUACCGAUUCAUCUGAUCAGUUAAUAAUUCAACUAAAGAAUGCAUUAAAUAUGGUGAAAGAAGUGAGUAGCGAGUCAAAAGCUGGCCGUGGCAAUACACUUUCCUCUACAGAUGAUAGUAACAACACAGGCAGAAAUAUUAACAGUUCAAUACAUUCUCCACUUUUAAGUAAAGCUUUAUCCAAUGUUCUUAUGCAUGGUCCAUUGUCUAAUCAAAAUAAACCAAUCAGCAGUCAGAUUGUAAAACAUGAUGACAGUGAAAAUGAUAUAACUUUUUCUGAAAAACAAUCAACCGGUUCACUGAAAAUGUCUAAUUCCUAUCAAUCUCCUACUUUAUUUAAACGCGUACAACCCAGUCAAAUUGCUCCAGUAUCAACAGGUGGUGGUACUAAAGAUCCUAAAUCGGUCAACUCUUCUCAAGUAUCAUCCACUAAUCCCUUUCAACCAGAACCAUCCAUAUCUACAGGUUAUUUCUCGUCUAAUGAUCCAGUUCAAUCCAAUCUAUCUGUAAAUAGAUCAUUGAAUCCAUUCGAUGAACUUUGUGAUGGUGAUAAUGAAAGUGUUACAUCUGGCAAUAAACCAGAAUCUGUUGAUGCCGGUUUCAAUGAAUCACUCGAUCAACAUCAACAAACUCAGUCCAAAUCUCAAUCACUUAAUCCUUUCGAUUGGGAUUAAUUUUAGCUUAAUAUUUAUUUUGUUUGUUUUUUUCUUAAAAUUUUAAUUGCAUACUUUUCAAUUCGAAGAAAAAUUAUUUUAUCAAUGUGAUAUGACUUGAAUUUCACUAACAAACAGUAGUCUACCUAAGUCUUGUAUCUUUGCUUAGAUGAAUUUAUGCACUGGUCAUUAUACCUGUUUUCAUUAUAUAUGUGAUUUUAUUCUGCUUUUCUCUUAUUUUAUUCAUUAUUAUAACUAUGAUUUCAGAAAUUUUGCUUUCCUGUGAAUUUUACACCUAUAUACUUUUAUAAAAUAUGUACUUGUAUACACAUUUCUCACUGAAAAAAAUUUUCUAACGCUUCUUACUGAAGAAAAAGAGU